AGCCACGGAAUGUAGAAUGUUGUCAAGACUGUAACUAGAGUGAAGACAGAGGAAUGUAGAAUGUUUUCAAGACUGUAACUAGAGUGAAGACAGUUUCACCAAACUUUCGGAUUACAACACGAAAGAUCAACAAGCUCGUAUUUCUCGAAACAUAGGAGAUUUUAUCUACAAGAUAAACCAAACCUUGAGUGUUUAUCCCUGUAAUGGCAUCAGUCAUGUGCUCCAACGUACAUGCCAGAGACAAGUUAGUCCCUGGAAGCUGGCUCACCUCUGAAUUCUCCACCUACCAAGUAUCAACUAUCCUUGGAGAGGGGACUUUCGGCAAGGUUGUAAAAUGUGUCAGGAUGGCUGACAAGAAAACUGUAGCCAUCAAAGUAACAAAAAAAGAAGCCUUUGAAUGGAUGGCAAAGGAAGAGCUGGAUAUCCUAUACAAACUCAGCCUGUAUAACUCCCAUGAACACAACUUGACUGAAUGGCACCGGGCUUUUAUAGAUAGUGGCCGUACAUGUCUGGAGUUUGAGUGUCUAGACAAAAGUCUUUUUGACUUCAUGCAAGAAAGACAUUUCCAACCGCUGAGUUUAAUGGCAAUUCGACCAAUCGUCGUGCAGAUGGCAGUAGCUCUGAAACAUCUCAAGUCUGUUGGAAUUAUACACGCAGACCUCAAAUUACAGAAUGUGAUGUUAGUCAAUCACCAACAAGAGCCGUACCGAAUUAAAGUGAUUGACUUUGGCCUGGCUUGUGAGACCUCAGCUGCGACAGUGGGUUCUUACAUUCAGAGCCGUCCAUAUCGGUCCCCAGAGAUUAUUCUAGGCCUUCCAUUUACAGAGGCCAUAGACGUUUGGUCUCUGGGAAACAUUGCUGCCUAUCUGUACCUCGGUUCCCUGCUGUACCCUGGCUAUACUGAAUAUGAUAUGAUGAACUACAUAGUAGAAACCCAAGGGAACCCACCAGAAAAAAUGUUAAACUCUGGGCUAAAGACCUCCUGCUUUUUCUACAAAGAGUUCAAUUCCACCACCAGCAACUGGAAACUCAAGACGCCUGAACAAUUUUUUGAAGAGUCAGGGAUUAAGCCCACAGAGAGAAGAGGAAGAAACUUUACAUCUCUGAAUGACCUCUUACAUUUCCAGCAACUCGGGGCUCAGACAUUUACAGAUAAAGCUGCAGAAAUGUGUGAUCUCUUGAUGUUUGUUGAAAUGGUGAAAGAAAUGCUUCAGCUUGAUCCUGAAAGACGGAUUACACCCCAACAGGUGCUGGACCAUUCUUUCGCCAAAAUGAACCACAUAGGGUACUUGUACGACCUGAGCUCCUAUGUAAAGUCCUGCUAUCAGCACAUGGACAUCUGUAAGGAAAAGAGCACAGUGUCUUCGGAUAGUGGGACAGGAGUGAGCGGGUCUCUGCAGCAGCCCGUCUCUGAGAGCAGACAACCUGCCCAACAGAGGCUUCCUCCCCCUGCAGCUGAGAGCAAAUUCCUAGUGGGACCCCCUUCCUCCAAGACCACCAGCCCAUCAGAACAAAACUGUCCUCCCCCUUCAGAUCAGAAGAGCAGCCCCAAGUGCUUCAGGCCCAGUCACUCUGAAACUGCCCAGACAGUUUCAGUCUCAAACUUUAAAAGAAAGCGCCCUGAUGAGUAUAUAAAGGACACCAGUCAGCCAGUGAAAUGGAGGAGGAUUGACUGGAAAGAUGUGGGUGAAAAAAUACCCACCUCUUCCGAAUAUGAGAGAGACAAGUUAGUCCCUGGAAGCUGGCUCACCUCUGAAUUCUCCACCUACCAAGUAUCAACUAUCCUUGGAGAGGGGACUUUCGGCAAGGUUGUAAAAUGUGUCAGGAUGGCUGACAAGAAAACUGUAGCCAUCAAAGUAACAAAAAAAGAAGCCUUUGAAUGGAUGGCAAAGGAAGAGCUGGAUAUCCUAUACAAACUCAGCCUGUAUAACUCCCAUGAACACAACUUGACUGAAUGGCACCGGGCUUUUAUAGAUAGUGGCCGUACAUGUCUGGAGUUUGAGUGCCUAGACAAAAGUCUUUAUGACUUCAUGCAAGAAAGACAUUUCCAACCGCUGAGUUUAAUGGCAAUUCGACCAAUCGUCGUGCAGAUGGCAGUAGCUCUGAAACAUCUCAAGUCUGUUGGAAUUAUACACGCAGACCUCAAAUUACAGAAUGUGAUGUUAGUCAAUCACCAACAAGAGCCGUACCGAAUUAAAGUGAUUGACUUUGGCCUGGCUUGUGAGACCUCAGCUGCGACAGUGGGUUCUUACAUUCAGAGCCGUCCAUAUCGGUCCCCAGAGAUUAUUCUAGGCCUUCCAUUUACAGAGGCCAUAGACGUUUGGUCUCUGGGAAACAUUGCUGCCUAUCUGUACCUCGGUUCCCUGCUGUACCCUGGCUAUACUGAAUAUGAUAUGAUGAACUACAUAGUAGAAACCCAAGGGAACCCACCAGAAAAAAUGUUAAACACUGGGCUAAAGACCUCCUGCUUUUUCUACAAAGAGUUCAAUUCCACCACCAGCAACUGGAAACUCAAGACGCCUGAACAAUUUUUUGAAGAGUCAGGGAUUAAGCCCACAGAGAGAAGAGGAAGAAACUUUACAUCUCUGAAUGACCUCUUACAUUUCCAGCAACUCGGGGCUCAGACAUUUACAGAUAAAGCUGCAGAAAUGUGUGAUCUCUUGAUGUUUGUUGAAAUGGUGAAAGAAAUGCUUCAGCUUGAUCCUGAAAGACGGAUUACACCCCAACAGGUGCUGGACCAUUCUUUCGCCAAAAUGAACCACAUAGGGUACUUGUACGACCUGAGCUCCUAUGUAAAGUCCUGCUAUCAGCACAUGGACAUCUGUAAGGAAAAGAGCACAGUGUCUUCGGAUAGUGGGACAGGAGUGAGCGGGUCUCUGCAGCAGCCCGUCUCUGAGAGCAGACAACCUGCCCAACAGAGGCUUCCUCCCCCUGCAGCUGAGAGCAAAUUCCUAGUGGGACCCCCUUCCUCCAAGACCACCAGCCCAUCAGAACAAAACUGUCCUCCCCCUUCAGAUCAGAAGAGCAGCCCCAAGUGCUUCAGGCCCAGUCACUCUGAAACUGCCCAGACAGUUUCAGUCUCAAACUUUAAAAGAAAGCGCCCUGAUGAGGAUAUAAAGGACACCAGUCAGCCAGUGAAAUGGAGGAGGAUUGACUGGAAAGAUGUGGGUGAAAAAAUACCCACCUCUUCCGAAUAUGAGAGGUCAGACCACGACCAAAGGGAACUCCAGUGUUCUCCGGGGCCAUCCUGCUCAAACAACAGGACACAGAGUUCCAGCUCAGGGAUUAAGAGGAACCUUGAUCAUUGGAAAACUGCUUUCAACAGACAGCAUAAGAGGGCCAGAAAACACGAUGAAGGCAGUUGGAGCUGCUUUUCCCGUCAGACCCGUCAGAGAGAUCCAAAAUGCAGUCCAGCUGAGGACCACCGCUGCAGAGAAGCAAGAAGGAGGAGCAGCAGAGUGCCAUCCAAUUCCUCCCACAAAUCAAGAGCGUCGUGA